ACAAAAUUGAGAAUAAAGGAAAGAAAAGAAAAGAAGAAAAUUGUGAAUAAACAACGGAACGAAAGGCGCUGGACGCAACAGGGUUAAUAAGGGGCCAUGGCGCCAACUUCAACGACGUUUCUCGAGUGGAAGUCAUCCGUUGCGCCUCGGCAAUAUCCUGUAAAGAGAAGCAUCUCCUCUUCUGUUCGUACAAGUAACGGCUCUGCUUCGAUUAAUCAGUGCGAGCGGUGUAUCAAACCGGAGCGGAGGCAAAGAGAUCCGUUCUAGUGUGAAUUCCAAUGGCUACUAGUGUAGCUGCUGGAAGCGGAAACCUGCACUUUAAGGAGAUUGUCUGCAGGGUACAAGGGUGCAGAAACACUUCUCGGGUCUCUUCUUUAGCCUUUCAGAGAUUUGUACAGAAGGAGCUCUCGUGGUCUUAUGGGUUGUCCAAGCUCUUGCACAUCCAGAGGCAUAACAGGCUCGCUUCUUAUAUUCAUGGGAAUUCUAAGCCUCUUAGAACAGUCGCCUCAUCUUGCCUGGGAGAUGGUUCCACCAAGUAUUUUGAUUUUGCUGUCAUAGGUAGUGGGGUUGCUGGCCUUCGCUAUGCUCUUGAAGUUGCAAAGUGUGGAACUGUUGCAGUGAUUACCAAGGCUGAGCCCCAUGAAAGCAACACAAACUAUGCCCAGGGUGGUGUCAGUGCUGUGUUGUGCCCUUCCGAUUCAGUGGAGAAUCACAUGCGAGACACAAUUGUAGCAGGUGCUUACCUAUGUGAUGAGGAGACAGUUCGAGUUGUGUGUACUGAAGGGCCUGACAGAAUUCGAGAAUUGAUUACCAUGGGUGCAUCAUUUGAUCAUGGCGAGGAUGGAAACUUGCAUCUAGCUAGGGAAGGGGGCCACUCACAUUGCAGGAUUGUUCACGCUGCCGAUAUGACAGGGAGGGAAAUCGAGAGGGCACUUCUGGAAGCAGUUGACAAUGAUCCUAAUAUAUUCAUGUUUGAGCACCACUUUGCAAUAGAUUUGCUGACUUCUCAGGAUGGUGCAGAGACGGUUUGUCAUGGUGUUGACACUUUAAAUACUGAAACUCAAGAGGUGGUACGGUUCAUUUCAAAAGUGACCUUGCUUGCAUCAGGCGGGGCUGGACAUAUCUAUCCAACAACAACAAAUCCUCCGGUAGCCACUGGUGAUGGAAUGGCGAUGGCCCAUCGAGCUCAAGCUGUAAUUUCCAAUAUGGAAUUUGUUCAGUUUCACCCCACUGCUUUAGCAGAUGAAGGCCUUCCAAUCAAACCAUCCAAGACCCGGGAGAAUGCUUUUUUGAUCACUGAAGCUGUCCGAGGCGAUGGAGGUAUCCUCUACAAUUUAGGCAUGGAAAGAUUCAUGCCCCUGUAUGAUAAGAGGGCAGAGCUUGCUCCUAGGGAUGUGGUGGCUAGAAGUAUCGAUGACCAACUCAAGAAGCGCAACGAAAAGUAUGUCCUACUCGAUAUCAGCCAUAAGCCUAGAGAAAAAAUUCUCUCUCACUUCCCCAACAUAGCUGCCGAGUGCCUCCAGUAUGGCCUGGAUAUAUCCCGUGAACCAAUUCCAGUGGUUCCUGCUGCUCAUUACAUGUGCGGUGGAGUUCGUGCAGGCCUCCAGGGGGAGAUAAAUGUGCGUGGUUUAUAUGUGGCCGGUGAAGUUGCUUGUACCGGUUUGCAUGGAGCUAACCGGCUUGCCAGCAAUUCAUUACUUGAAGCGCUGGUGUUUGCUCGACGAGCUGUCCAGCCUUCCAUAGAUCACAUGAAGAGCUCUAAGAUGGACCAUGAUGCUUCAGAUGAGUGGGCUCGGCCAGUCGUGCCCAUCUCACUUGGAAGAGAUGUGCUGAGCAAAAUCGUGAAGAGAACGAGGGAAGUGAGGAAGGAACUGCAAUCAAUCAUGUGGAAGUACGUUGGAAUUGUUCGGUCAACGACAAGGCUAGAGACUGCAGAGCGGAGGAUCGGGGAGUUGGAGCUGAGUUGGGAGGCUUGCUUGUUUCAGCAAGGGUGGGAGCCGACUAUGGUGGGACUUGAGGCAUGUGAAAUGAGGAACCUCUUUUGCUGUGCAAAGCUUGUGGUAAGUAGUGCCCUUGCGAGGCACGAAAGCCGUGGCCUUCACUACACUACUGAUUUCCCCGACCUGGAGGAAAGCGAGAGGCUUCCAACGAUUAUCUUCCCCUGUUCGCCUGGGGGAAGCACUUGGAGUUCGCGACAACUUCACCAGCAACACAUAUGACUCACAGUGCAGGGGACCGUUACUUUUGCUGUGGGAGCUUAUUUAUGCAGAUGCACUUUGUUUUGCUCCUUUCAUUUAUCAUUGGACUAGGUACCAAGGGGUACAAUACCGCCCUUGUACAAGGAAGGACAGUCAAAGCUCAAUGUGUAUUGUCUUGUGAACAGGCUCCCAAAAGAUGGAGCCAAUAAACGAGAUAAUUUAUGGGUCCAUGCAGGGGGUUCCAGUUGAAGGGCCUUCUGUUCCUUAAUAAAUGAUUAUAGGGAACUUGCUUCUUACGAUGACAAAUAAUUAAGGGGUACAUUUCUCUUUGAUCCUU